CAAAAAGAAAGGAGAAAAAAAACUGGAAAACGAUCUAAAGUCGUCUAAACCCCCUGGAAGGAGGGAGGAAAUCCCUAAUAACCCCCGGUCGCCUUUCCACGGCGAAAGGUAUCCCGGCGGCGAUGGCGGCGGCUGCGGCAAGGUCCGGAUCCCGGCGCUUGUUCUCCAUAUCCGCCCUGGUGCCACCGAAGCCACCGACCCUUCCCCCGAAGGCAGAUCCCUUUGCCAGCCUCUUCGUUCCCGGGUUAGGCAAGCGAACAGCAGCUGAUGGACUUAGGGGAGCUUUUGCAAAGUCUGGUGAAGUUGUGCAUGGUUCUCUUUUGGCAAACCUUCCAGCAUCAUCUGUAAAAAAUUCAAGGUGGUAUAUGAUCAAUGCAAACCGUUCAGGUCCUUUGACAGUGCGUAAAGAAUACCGCAAAGUACUUCCUUCUUUCAUAAGGCCAUCUGCAUCUUACUCCACACAAGCUUCAGAAAAAAGACCAAAACAGGAGAAAACAGACUUGACGACUGUUGAAGAUCCCUUUAAUGCCCCUACCUACAAUAUACCUGAGAAGCCAGUGACAUUUGUCGAGGGCGCCUCUUACAGUGUUGUAAUACUUGCUGGGCUUGGAGUUGCUGCAUUGGCUGGAUACUCUGUUUUCAAAGAGCUUAUAUUUGAACCAAAAGAGUACAAGAUUUUUGGGAAAGCUCUAGCAAGAGUUCAGAGUGAUAGCCAGGUUACAGCCAAAAUUGGUUACCCUAUAACUGGUUAUGGUACGGAAUCCAGAAACCGUGCAGCUCGGCAGCGCAUCCAAAACAGGGUUUGGACAGAUGAGGAUGGUGUUGAACAUGUGGAGGUAGGCUUUCAUAUCCGAGGGCCGCAUGGAGCUGGAAAGGUGUUUGCGGAGAUGUUCAAAGAUAGCUCCGACAGGACAUGGAAGUUCACGUUUCUUCUCGUCGAGAUUACGUCACCGCGACCCGCACAAAUCAUGUUAGAAUCUUACCUACCAGCAUAAGGAUGCAAGAGACAACAUCAGCCGGCAGUGGCACAUCCAUGCGACACUUCAUUUUACAUCCCAUCUCCAAUGGCCUGAAUCUCAUGUUAAAUACCCAUCCUCGGAUUAAAGAAGUUGUGAAUUUUGAACUUCCCCGAAAGCAUAAGUAGGAGGAAGAUGAACCAUCAGAGUUGCUGACCAUCUCUAGUAUCUUAGAUAUGGUGUACCCUGCAAGGACCUUGAUGUUGUUGCUUUGUUUAGGUGAAAAGCGUGCAGGCACAUGGUAUACAGCCCAUCUUUCCUGAUGCUCCUCAAAACAUGGGACGGAGCGAGUGAUCCUUCAUCUAUCGAGUUUUGGUCCCAUUUCAGGCAGUUUUAAUGAUGCACGUGGAUUUCGUGCAAGCCUCCAAUGAUGUCCAAAUAGCAAUAAUACUAUCUGGUUACAUUACGACUCUCAAGCCUGGGGUUCCAGGCAUGUAUGAAGUGAUCUUCAAUACAAGUGUGCAUGUUUCUUUA